AAAGAGAUUUGGUAAAGAAAGCUUAUCUGCUUUUACUUUAUUCUUCACCCUGUUACCCCUCUCACUACACUCUACUCUACUCCACACUCCUCUCCGCUCUCUCCGCUCUCUCCACUCCUCUUUCUUUCUCUUGAGAAAAGGGUCUUCGUUAUCACUUGUAGCAGCUUCCAAAGUCAUCCUUUCAUCGCCCUUUUCACUCAUUCGCCUCAUUCACUUCCUCACCCUUUGCUCCAUCAAUUCAUCUCAAAAACAUUCCUCUAUUUAUCCACAGUCUCACUGCAGCUUCACACAGCUUUUUCUGAGUGUUAGUCCAUUUAUUCUUUACAACGACGGCCACAUGACUCCUGCAAGACUCAUCAUCCCCAUUCAUUACACCCUCAAGAUUGUACCCUGUCCAGUCGACUUCACAUUUCUUGGUGAAUGUUCCAUCGAAAUAUGUAUUGCUGAACCUUCUUGUGGUAUCACCUUGAAUGCAAAGGAGCUGAAUAUCCAAACAGCAACCAUAAGAGACCAUUUAACUCCAGGUGGAUACAGUGUUACAGCAACCAGCGUAAGUUAUAAUGUAGAGGAGGAGCUCAUUACUCUAGAGUUUCCAGAGCUGCUGUAUGUUGGUACGUCUUGGAUAUUGGAUGUGACUUACAUUGGUCUCGUCAACGACAAGCUGAAUGGGUUCUACCGAUCUGUUUACACCGAUGCAGACAACAAUGUGCACCAACUCACUACCACCCAAUUCCAAUCUACCCAUGCACGAAGGGCGUUCCCCUGUUGGGAUGAGCCUAGUGUCAAGGCUACAUUCACAUUGACACUGGUUGCGCCUCAAGGAAUGACCUGUCUUUCCAAUAUGAGUGUUGAGUCUAUCAUAAUUCUCGAGAAUGGGAUGCAGCAGGUCACCUUCCUCAAGACGCCAAUCAUGGCAACUUAUUUAUUAGCAUGGACAAUUGGAGAUUUAGAUUAUAUCGAAGCUUAUACUUCUGGAGAAUUUAAUGGUGAGGCCGUUCAAUGUCGCCUAUAUGCUCCAUUCGGUCUCGCAAAGCAUGGGGAAUACUCACUUGAUUUGGCUGUGAAGUCGGUUGAAUAUUUUUCUCGAUUGUUCAAUAUACCCUAUCCACUGCCCAAGCUGGACUUAGUGGCUGUGCCCGACUUUUCCCCAGGAGCCAUGGAGAAUUGGGGAUUGAUCACUUUUCGGACAUAUGCUGUCCUUCUCGAUGAGUACAGCACAAACGACCGGAAGCGUGAGAUUGCCGCUACUGUUAUUCAUGAAAUUUCUCACCAGUGGUUUGGCAAUCUGGUGACAAUGGAUUGGUGGUCUGACUUAUGGCUAUUUGAAGGAUUCGCAACGCACUUGGCUUAUAUCGUGGUAGAUGAUCUAUUUCCUGCCUGGGAUGUUUGGUCAGAGUUUGUCAAACGGAUUCAGGAGGUUCUGAAGCAUGAUGCUCUUCGAACAUCACACCCUGUAGAAGUUGGUGUCGCUAAUCCAAGUGAGAUCACCCAGAUCUUCGACGAAGUCAGCUAUAUGAAGGGAGCAUCAGUUCUCAGAAUGCUAAGCGCCUGGCUUGGUCAAGACGAACUCCUGAAAGGGAUUCGGAAAUUUAUGCUGAAAUACAUGUGGGCAAAUGCAAAUACUGAAGACUUGUGGGCCACCCUAGCAGAGGUGUGCAAGGUUGAUGUGCCAGGAUUUAUGCGUAAAUGGACAAGGCAAACUGGAUAUCCAGUAUUGUCUAUUACAGAGCUUGACGAUUCUACGAUUUUGAUCCGACAAAACCUUUUUCUUUCAACAGGAGAUGUUCGUCCCGAAGAAGAUGCUCUUUUAUGGCCUGUCCCCUUAGCAAUUGCUACGGCGGAUGAUCCCACUCCACGCAAUAUUACAAUGGAUACUAAAGAGAUGGUUUUGAAGGUGGAUACUACUAAAUGGUACAAGUUCAAUAUGGGGCAAACCGGAUUUUACCGUGUAGCUUAUCCAGCCAAGACGCUGGAGCUUCUAGGUCAAGCAUUAGGGUCCAAGAGCGUGACGACACUGGAUGCUGCCAAUAGAAUCGGUCUAUUGACGGAUGCAGCAGCACUUGUGGCUAGUGGACAUACGCCUACGAGCAGCUUUUUGACACUCUUGAAGUAUUUUGAAGAUGAAGACGAUUAUAUGGUUUGGGUAGAGAUAUCAUAUCAAUUACAGGAGCUAUUUUCGGUAUGGCUGGAACAGCCAGUACCAAUCAUGGAUGCUUUGAAAGAAGUGCAAAGACGUCUAUUUACAAAGAUUGUUAAGCGUCUGGGCUGGGAGGGUUCUGACCAAGAAGAUCUUGCUAGUGGCAAUUUACGUGCCUUGGCAAUCCGAUACGCUGGACGAGCAGGUGACCCAGAGAUUGUUAGUGAGGCUCGGAGGCGUUUCAGGAUCUUCAUGAAUAACCGUGAUAUGUCGGCGAUUCCCCCUGAUCUGCGGUUCCCAGUCUUUGAGAUUGUUCUUCGAACGACCACUGGGGUAGAGGAGUACGAAGCGGUUGUUAAUUUUUACCGCGAGUCAUAUAUGCCUGGAGAUAAGGUUGUAGCCCUUACUGUGUUGGGAUAUGGCCACUCCACAGAGCUUAUUCGUAGGACAUUAGCAUUUGCCAUGUCGCCUGAGGUCCGUACACAAGACAUCUUAACCGCAAUUUCUACUCUUCGGUCAUCUGUCGAGGGUAGAGCGGAGCUCUGGAACUUCAUGAGGCUUCACUGGGACAUGCUAUAUGAACGACACUGUGAUGACAUCCGAUUCUUGGACUAUUUUGUGCUUUUAAGCAUUGGAUCAUUCUCGAAUCUGGAGCGAUAUCAUGAGAUUCAGGAAUUUUUUGCUCAUAAGGAUACGAGCUCAUAUGAAAGGAUUUUGGCGACAUGCUUAGAAGGUAUCCGGAUGCAUAUUCUGUGGCUGGAGAGAGAUAAGGCAGAUGUUGAGCAAUGGUUACGGGCCAAUGGAUAUUUGAUGGUGAAUGUUGAUAGUACAGGGAGGCAUAAUCAAGCUUUGCCUACAGUAAUUGAUGCUGGUGAUAUUGUGAAUGACUUUCAGGUUGAUCCGCAACAGCAACGUGCAUUGCUUAGAGAAAAGCUUGUGUUGGGAGAAGUUGGACGGAGUAUGAGUAGCAGUUCUGGAGAUGGGUUUUCAUCAGUGGAAACAUGUCCAACGCUAGAAUCGAGAUUGGGCUCUUCUGCCACAUCAUCGUGCUCUUCAUCGCCUGGAGGAUAUCAGCAACAUGUUCAGCACCAACAACACCAUUAUAGACACCAGAAACUUAACGAGGACCAUCACCAUCAUCACUCCCAGGAAUAUUCGCAGCAUAUACUUUAUUCACAACAAGAUCCAUGUAUUCAAAUAAAUACUGGUUAUCUUGAGAGACCAGAAGAAGAUCAGGCCCAGACGCUACAGCUCUUUCAGCAGCAACAACAGCCUGGACCCGAUGGGACAGAUCCAGGUGAAUAUGUUCAACAGGUGAACCAAAUGGUUAUGCAGUUGCGAGUUAGCAGCGAGAAGGACGUUUGAAAUAGAGAGCA